UAUUCAUUUGAAAACAUAUAAAAUACAAUUUAAUUAAUACUAUAAUCAGUAAAAAAGACAAAAAACAAUUAGCAAUGAAGUCAACUGUGGUGUCGUGUUUGGUCAUUAUAUGUACGAUCUAUGCGUACAACUGUGCGACCAUAAACUUCAGCGCUUGGCGUACGUCUACUAUAUAUAAAAAUUUUGACCUCAAAUGUAACUACACUUUGAAUCGUCGGUCCGAAUGGUUCUCAAGUCUCAGUCUUAUUGUUAACAAUACUAUCUUCUAUUCGUACGACAACUACACUAUCGGAAAUCCACGUUUCUAUCCACGACCGGGAAUACAACAAAUAAUUAGGAGAUCUCCGGGAUAUAUAUCGAUCAAUAAUGCCAACAAAACUACGUCUGGUUCAUACAGGUGUCAGGUUAACUAUAGUGGUGGACGAGCUAUUGUGUCCCAGACCUACAAAAUUACUGUUCCCUAUUGAGAUGUUCAUAUGAUUUAAUCAAUUAUUUGCUUAAAAUUGUUUUAAAUUUAUUUAUUGCUCAACAGUUUUUCUUUAUUUGAUUUUGAAAUUGCUUAGCAAAUGAUUUUUUUGAAAUUAUUAUAA